UUAUAUCCUUUCUUUUCACUUUGCUACAGGUUUCUGAAGUGAGUUCACUCUUGGGAAGGGCUGGUACUGUUGGACUUGGGAAGGCAGUUGAUGUUCUUGACAUGCUUGGUAGUAGCAUGAUAAGUUUGAAAUCUGGUAGCAGCUUCAUGAAGGGGGUCACAACAAAAGGGGAAAAAAUCUCUAUAUUGGCUUUCGAGGUGGCCAAUUCAGUAGUUAAAGGUGCUAAUCUCAUGCAAUCACUUUCAAGGGAAAACAUAAAGCAUUUAAAAGAAGUGGUGCUUCCAUCAGAAGGUGUGCUAUGCAUGGUCUCGAAUGAUAUGGAUGAGUUAUUGCAAAUUGCUGCAGCUGAUAAGAGAGAAGAGCUUAAAGUAUUUGUUGAUGAGGUUGUUCGAUUUGGUAACCGAUGCAAAGAUCCUCAAUGGCACAACCUAGACCGCUGUUUUGCCAAAUUUGAUUCAGAACUUACACCUAAGAAGCAAAUGAGAGAAAGAGCACUAGGGGCGAUGCAGUAUUUGAUGACAUUGGUUCGGUAUACAGCUGACCUGUACCAUGAGAUGUAUGACUUGGGUAGAUCGGAGAAAGAAUAUCAACGGAGACUUCAGGACAAGAUUGAACUUCCAGUUCAAAGAGGGGACAGCCAUCUGAUUCUAAGGGAAGAACUGAAGAGCCAACAUAAGAAUGUAAAAUUCUUAAAGAAAAAGUCAUUUUGGUCCAAGAGUUUGGAACAGGUCAUGGCAAAACUCAUGGUGAUUGUUCACUUUUUGUAUUUGGAGAUUCAUGCUACCUUUCAGCUUGCUGAUGGAGAUAAACAUGUUGGAGUUUCCAAUGUUCAUCAGAGAUUAGGACAGGCCGGCCUUGCAUUGCACUAUGCAAAUGUCAUAACCCAAAUUGUCGCACUUGUUUCACAAUCGAGUUCUGUGCCUCCAAGCACAAGACACUCAUUGUACCAAGGAUUGCCACCCAGCGUGAAAUCUGCUUUACGUUCUAAGUUGCAAUUUUUUCAGUUCAAGGAAGAGCUAACAGUUCCUCAAAUCAAAUGUGAGAUGGAGAAAACUUUGCAUUGGCUUUUUCCACUUGCAAUCAAUACAAUCAGAGCACACCAAGGCUUUGGUUGGGUUGGUGAAUGGGCAAAAACAAGGAUCGAAUUGAAUCAGAUUGCUGCUGCGCAAACUGGUGUAGUCAAGAUUGAGACACUCUACCAUGCAGACAAGGCAAAGACCGAAACAUACAUACUAGACUUGGUGGUGUGGCUUCACCACCUUACGGUUCGGUGUAGGCCUGGCAAUGCUGGCUUUAAUCCCCCUGUUAAAUCGCCUAGUUGUUCUCCUGCAACAAAGAGAUCAUCAAUCUCUUCACCAGUGAUCAAACCAAUCGGUUCUCUAUCUAAAAUUACCUCAGUAGACCAAGAGAUGUUGCGAGAUGUCAACUUGAAGAAACCAACUCCAGGGAUCCGCAAAAGCCAGGAAUUUGGCACUUGCGGACCAACAACUAGCAAGCAGAAGAUAAGCAGUAGUCACUCCACAACAAGGGAGUACAAAGAGUUUUCGCCUACGACUGUUGUCAGUUUCGACAUCAACAGGAAGAGAGCAUUAAGAAUACCUGAAAGAGUGGACCGAAGUACCAACUUACGAUCUCCGUAAAAGAUGACGAAUUGGUCUGAUUUUUUUCGUGUACAUCACAUGCAUGUCUCCCAAAUUUUGGCUGAGCCAAGGGGCCAACAUGAACUUGUAAAGAGUCACCAAACAUGUCUGUAAUGUUCGGAAUUGUUGUCAUGAUCGAUAUGUUCCAUGUGUACGACAAUGAACAAAGUCCCUAGUAGGAAUGAGGUUAAAUGGUCAUUACUGUACAAGGUGAGAACGAUUCUUCCGGUAAUAUAAUUUUUCUCUG